GCUCUGGGGCCAGAUAAGCCGGCGGGCUGGCACCGCGCCGCAGCGAGCGGGGCGCAGAGGUCAGCGGCGGGGGGCGCCGGGCCCCCCCAACGUGACAAAACCUAAUAACAGCCCGGUCUCCCCGGCGCGGCGGGCGAAGCCCCACGGGAGGGCAGAGACGUGGCAAGAGGGGACCUGCCGAGCCUGUUCUGGCCUCCGAGGCCGGGGCGGGGGGGGCUGGGCGUGGGGGGGCCGGCGGCUGCGGCACCUUUAAGACAAGGGAGGACCCCUCUUGCCCUCGGAGAAACCAGGAAGGGAGUCGCGAGCAUCAUACGGGGCUUUGGCUGUACUGUACAGUUACUGUAGGGGCAGUGACGCCGCCGCCGCCGCCGGAGCGAGGGAGCGACGCGGGGAGCGCGAGCGAGGGGACAGCGAGCGACGCGGACCCCGGAGGCGAGCGGCCGAGGGAGCCCAGUCCCCACUCCGGGCCCCGGCCCCGCGCGCCCCGGCCCGGCCUGGCCCCGGCCCCGGCCCCGCGAGGUCUCGGCGCGGAAGAUGGCCGGCGGCGUGGACGGCCCCAUCGGGAUCCCGUUCCCCGACCACAGCAGUGACAUCCUGAGUGGGCUGAACGAGCAGCGGACGCAGGGGCUGCUGUGCGACGUGGUGAUCCUGGUGGAGGGCCGCGAGUUCCCCACGCACCGCUCGGUGCUGGCUGCCUGCAGCCAGUACUUCAAGAAGCUGUUCACGUCGGGUGCGGUGGUGGACCAGCAGAACGUGUACGAGAUCGACUUCGUCAGCGCCGAGGCGCUCACCGCGCUCAUGGACUUCGCCUACACGGCCACGCUCACCGUCAGCACGGCCAACGUGGGCGACAUCCUUAGUGCCGCCCGCCUGCUGGAGAUCCCCGCCGUGAGCCACGUGUGUGCCGACCUCCUGGACCGGCAGAUCCUGGCGGCCGACGCGGGCGCCGACGCCGGGCAGCUGGACCUGGUGGAUCAAAUGGAUCAGCGCAACCUCCUCCGCGCCAAGGAGUACCUCGAGUUCUUCCAGAGCAACCCCAUGAACAGCCUGCCCCCCACGGCCACCGCCACCAACUUCCCAUGGUCCGCCUUUGGCACGUCUGAUGAUGACCUGGAUGCCACCAAAGAGGCUGUGGCCGCCGCUGUGGCUGCCGUGGCCGCCGGUGACUGCAACGGCUUGGAUUUCUACGGGCCGGGCCCCCCAGCUGAGCGUCCCCCGACGGGGGAUGGGGACGAGGGCGACAGCAACCCAGGUCUCUGGCCAGAGAGGGAUGAGGAUGCCCCCGCCGGGGGUCUCUUCCCGCCCCCAGUGGCCCCACCGGCCGCCACCCAGAAUGGCCACUACGGCCGGGGCGGGGAGGAGGAGGUGGCCUCACUGUCGGAAGCAGCCCCCGAGCCAGGCGACUCGCCAGGCUUCCUGUCGGGCGCAGCCGAGGGCGAGGACGGGGACGGGCCUGAAGUGGACGGGCUGGCGGCCAGCACGCUGCUGCAGCAGAUGAUGUCGUCGGUGGGCCGGGCAGGGGCCGCGGCAGCAGGGGACAGCGAUGAGGAGUCACGGGCGGACGACAAGGGCGUCAUGGACUACUAUCUGAAGUACUUCAGCGGCGCCCACGAUGGCGACGUCUACCCAGCCUGGUCGCAGAAGGUGGAGAAAAAGAUCCGCGCCAAGGCCUUCCAGAAGUGCCCCAUCUGCGAGAAGGUGAUCCAGGGCGCGGGCAAGCUGCCGCGGCACAUCCGCACCCACACGGGUGAGAAGCCCUACGAGUGCAACAUUUGCAAGGUCCGCUUUACCAGGCAGGACAAGCUCAAGGUGCACAUGCGGAAGCACACGGGCGAGAAGCCAUACCUGUGCCAGCAGUGCGGGGCCGCCUUCGCGCACAACUACGACCUGAAGAACCACAUGCGUGUGCACACGGGCCUGCGCCCCUACCAGUGCGACAGCUGCUGCAAGACCUUCGUCCGCUCCGACCACCUGCACAGACACCUCAAGAAGGACGGCUGCAACGGCGUCCCCUCGCGUCGUGGCCGCAAGCCCCGCGUCCGGGGUGGGGGGCCCGACCCCAGCACGGGGACCGCCACCAACCCGCCCGGCGCCCCUGCCCCCCCGGGUUCCCCCGAUGCCCGGCGCAACGGCCAGGAGAAGCACUUUAAGGAGGAGGACGAGGAUGAGGACGAGGCCAGCCCUGAUGGCUCGGGCCGCUUGAAUGUAGCGGGCGCCGGCGGCGGAGGUGACAGCGGAGGUGGCCCCGGGGCCCCCGCCCAUGGUAACUUCACGGCCGGACUCGCCUAAAAACCAAAAAGAGAAAACAGAAACCCGAGCGAGUGAGAGAGAAAAACCACCCACCACCCCCGAAAAACAAAAAAAGAAAAUCUAUCUAUAUACAGAAAUCUAUAUCUAUAUAUAUAUAUGCAGAUAUAUAUAUAUGAGGCGUCACAGGAGCUAGGGUAGCGCUUUCCUCAGAUCCUCCCUCCACCGGGUCCCCUCCCUCCCUGUCCCCCUCACCCCCUCACUGGGUUUCAGGGCUUGGUUUGGGGUUUCGUGGGAUGCAAGGAUUCCGAGCCCCUCCCGGGCGCCCGGCAUGGGGCUGGGGUGAGGGCAGACGUGGGGUGUCUGGGGACUGGGUGGGCUUUUAUUUUCCUCCCCUCGAUGGUUUCUAUGAGUCUUUGAUCCAAGACCUUAAAUGAUUUCUGUCCGCUCUGAGCGGACGUUAAAAUGGCCCCUGUCCCCAACCCCCCACCCUCCUUCCUCAGGGCACUUACUAAGGGGGGGUCUCCCCCUCGAUCUCCCGAAAGGCCUCCCCCUCCCAUCCUGCCGAUGGCCUCCCACCCCUGUAUCUCCUGGCCGCCAAGACACAAAUCUAUUUAUUUCCAGGCCUGGAGAGAGGGGAUAGGACUGGGGCCCUGGGGGGGCUUAGCAGGAUGGCCCCCGGGGGCUCCCGCCGCCUCCCUUCACGGCACUUACGACCGGCGGGACCCGAGGGACCGUCCCUCAGGGCGCCCCCACCCCACCCUGUCCGCUCCCGAGCCAGGCCGCCCACACCCCACGUUUGGAGAUUCAACACUUUUGUCUUCGCCCCUCUCCUGAGCUCCCCUACCAACUUUUUAAAGCACUUUUUAGAUUUUUUUUUCUUUUCCUCCUUAAAAACAAAAUUUAUAUAUAGAUAGAUAUAUAUAUAUAUAAUAGACUUUUUCUCAGAGGCACAGGAGCGGCUUGGGUGGGCACAGAGCCGAGAUCAGAGGGGUCCAGGGUCUCACGUUGGCAGGGAUGGGGGGGCGAGGCCAGAAGUUCCAAUGUCACAAAAGCAAUAAAAACCACAAUUUUACAAAAUGAAAGGAAGGAAGAAAAACAAAAAACAACAACAAAAUGGCAACCAACCACAUUAGAAGUCUUGGCACUUUGAAACAGAACGGGUACUAUACUUUAUCUUAAUUCUUAAUUUAAAAACAUGUUUACAAGUUGCAACCAACUUCUAUGAAAAGUUGAAAAGACAAAAAAAAAAUAAGCGAGAGAGAGAGAGCGCAAAAGAAAUUCCUAAAAGUCGAUUUAUUUUUGUACAAAAUAAUAAAAAGCAAAACCCAUCACAGACGUAGAAUCCACUUCUGUUCCCCAAGGCGAAGAGGGGGCUCAGGCAGCCCUCGGAAGGGACCGGGAGCGCUCCGAGGUGCGGUCUGUGCCUCGCUGCGGACGGUGGCCUCCAAGGCAGGACUGUGGGGUUUUUGUGUCUGCCAUGUCCUCCCCGCCCACCCCGCCUGUCCCCUUUUUUGGUUCUGACUUGGAGCUGUCUUACAGCCUGCUAGCCAUACAAAUGGCCGUCUCUGUCCACGGGGACCCCCCCUUACUUACUCCCGAGCUCAGGGAUGGGCCCAAGAGAGGGCUGGUCUCCCCACCAGCCAGAGCACCCCGAUCGACCCCACUUCCCCCCACCCCCUGUCCCCCCACCCUCAGGACCUGCCCUCCAACAUGGUGCCCUCUGCAUGGCCAGUAAGGAGCCACCGUCUUGGAGGUGCUGUCCCUGUUGAGGGGGGUGACACAGGACCCCCACCUCCAGGGCCUUAUAACCCCCCCGCACCCCUCUUUUUACUCAAAGGCACUGACUGUAAUCCAGGGGCUGGUACCUGCCUCCCCCCAACCUCUGGCUCCCAAAAGGCCCGGUGUUGACCGAGCCGCAGGCCACGGAUGGGGGCCGGGGUUGGGGGGACCGUGUUGCCAGACGCCAGCGCGCCCUCACCCGACCCCCUCUCGCAUAUGCAACGCCUCCCGUGGGACCCUGUACAUAGCCGCUCUGCUGAGCUGAGACUCCUCGUCAAUGCCCGGGGUGGGGGUGUCCCUGCGCCCCCCACCCCCAGGCACUGGCCCAUCUCCCCAGUACCCCCUUUCCUCUGUAACAAAAGUCUUCUCGUCUUUUCUUUUUCUGUUGUUUUUAAAGGGAAGCUUUUUAAGAAGGCAAUUUUCAUACUGUUCCUACAGGAUAGUUUUUGUUUCCUUCCCUCCCUCCUUUCCCCCCCGCAAACCUGUCAGCCCCCCCAAAUGUCUCAGGAUCCCCCUCCAGGGCCAGCGGAGGGGGCAGGCCCAGGGCCCGGUGGCCUCAUUCAUGCCCCAAUGUCACGGGGGCGAGCUAUUUUGGAGAACCAUCUGUUGAGGCUGGGCAGGGAGCUCCAGCACCCAGGCCAGGGGACCCCCCCCCCAACUCCCAGAGAGGUCCCCUGAGGAGUGAGCCCUCUUCCCCCUGCAAUAACACCAAUUCAAAAA